AUGACUCCAACAUAUCAGCAUGUCCUGGCCUUAGAAUUUGCAAUCAACCAAAUCAACAGCAAUCCUCAAAUUUUACCCGAUCAUACUCUGGGCUUCCAUAUCUAUAAUAGCUACUUCAAUCCAACUUGGACCUAUCGGGCUUCAUUGGAACUCUUCUCUGCAAAAGCCCAAUUCAUCCCUAACUAUAACUGUGAUAUGCAGAACAAACCCAUAGCAGUUAUUGGAGGACCUACCUCUGAAGUAUGUCUACACAUGACUACCAUCCUGUCCCUCUACAAGAUGCCACAGCUAAUAUACGGGUCUCCUCCAGAAAUCAAUUCAAAAAACCAGGCUGCUUUACACCAACAGAUGUUCCCAAAUAGUGGCCAUCAAUACAAUGGUAUUUUUCAAUUACUGCUAUAUUUCAGAUGGAUGUGGAUUGGGGUAUUGACUGUGAAUAAUGACAAUGGUGAAAAAUUUGUACAGAAUAUGGUUUCCAUGUUUGUCCAGAAAGGUAUCUGCUCAUCCUUCAUUGAAAGAUUUCCAGUAAUGACUUAUACCAAUAACAUUUUUGACUUGGUGGAAAUGGGGAUUAAAAUGUACAAACGGAUGAUGAGGAGUACUGCUGAUACGGUGGUAGUUCAUGGUGAAAUUGAUCACAUAAUUACUCUGAGACUUUUAUCCAAAAGUCUGCACUCCUUAUGGACACAAAGUAAGGUCUGGAUUAUGGCAGCCCAGAUAGAUUUCACAUCACUCCCCUUUCAGAGAAUGGAAGACAUAGACUUUAUCCACGGUGCUCUGUCUUUUGCCAUUCACACAAAGGAGGUGCUGGGAUUCAGGAACUAUAUUAAUAUGAGAAAUCCUGUUUUGGAAAAAGAAAAUAGCUUGAUGAGGCUCUUCUGGAGAAAUGCCUUUCAGUGUUCUUUCUCAGACUCCAUGAUUGAUGAAGAAGAUGGGAUUCCCUGUACUGGAGAGGAGAAACUGGAGACUCUUCCUACAACUGUGUUUGAAAUGGACAUGACUAGUCACAGCUACUGCAUCUAUAAUGCAGUCUACGUGGUGGCACAUGCUUUGCAUGACUUCCAUGCAUCCCGAAUGAAAUACAGAGCAGGACAGCACAGAGAUAAUGAGAACCUUCUGAGUCAACAGCUGUGGAAGACCCAACCUCUAUCUCUAUGCAAUAGCAAGUGCCGUCCAGGUUUUAGUAAGUGGAAAGUAGAAGGAAAGCCCUUUUGCUGUUAUCAAUGCCUUCGGUGUCCACAGGGGAAGAUCUCCAACAAGGAGGACAUGGAUGACUGUUUUCAGUGUCCAGAAGAUCAAUAUCCAAAUGAGAAUAAGGAUUCCUGUCUCUCCAAAGUUAUAACAUUCUUAAUGUAUGAAGAAACCUUGGGGGCUAUUUUAACCAGUUCAGCCCUUUUCUUUUCUUGGGUCACAAUUGGAGUCCUUUGGAUCUUUAUUAAGCAUCAGGAUACUCCCAUAGUCAAAGCCAACAACCAGAGCCUCACAUAUGUUCUCCUGGUUGCCCUCCUAUUAUCUUUUCUUUGUGCUUUGCUAUUCCUUGGGCAACCUGAGAAGGUGAUGUGUAUCCUUCGUCAGACUGCAUUUGGUCUCAUUUUUGUGGUGGCUAUUUCUUGUGUGUUGGCUAAAACCAUCAUUGUGGUUCUGGCUUUCAUGGCCACCAAGCCGUGGUUCAGAAUGACCAAAUGGGUGGGGAAAAGAUUAGCCAUGUCCAUUGUGUUGGGCUGCACCUUAAUUCAAGGCAUUAUUUGCACUAUAUGGCUGACAACCUCUCCCCCAUUCCCAGAUGCUGACAUGAAUUCAUUGGCAGAAGAAAUAGUUCUGGUGUGUAAUGAAGGAUCUGCCUUCCUCUUCUAUUCUGUCUUGAGCUUUAUGGGCUUUAUUGCCUCUGUCAACUUUACAGUGGCUUUCCUAGCAAGGAAAUUGCCUGAUGCUUUCAACGAAGCCAAGUUUAUCACAUUCAGCAUGUUGGUCUUCUGUAGUGUUUGGUUGUCCUUUGUCCCAACAUACCUGAGCACAAGGGGAAAAUAUACAGUUGCUGUGGAGAUCUUCUCCAUUAUAGCCUCCAGUGCUGGAUUACUGAUUUGUAUCUUUUCUCCCAAAUGCUACAUCAUUGUGUGGAGGCCUGAUCUGAACAAAAAAGAGCAGCUAAGAAGACCAAACAACAGAAAAAUAUGA